CAUUUGUGAGGAACAGAUCCCGUCACCGCCAACUCACGCUUCUCAGUUCAUUUUUCGGACUUCGGCAGAGACUUGCAUCCAGAUUCCCGGAGCCUUUUGACGAAGUGAACUGGUCCGGGCGAGUGGCGAUACCUUCACACGCAUGAACGAACAACAGUGGGUAGGGGAAACCGCCAUCUUUGCCUUUUCCAUCCUAUGGUGCUAGGUUUACAGUAAGAGCAGAAGCACCGGCGUCGAUCUCGCCCUGUUCAGGUUGGUUUCUAGGGAAAAAGAGUGAUGAUGUGGGGGGUUAUAAGACGAAAAGUUGCUUAUGGUGGAUCAUGUGCUUCGAUUUUAGCAGAGCCAUUGCAUAGGAUUCGUCCUGCUGUGUCUGCAUCAAGAAGUUACACAAUUGCAGGAAAGGAGGCAUUACUCCUUAAAAGAGGAUCUAGACAGCUUCAGAACUUCACUUGCCAUUUUCUUCCUGGUGGCUCAGUUAGUUCGAAGCCUGUAAGGGAGUUUGUUGCAUUUAUACAAACAGGUAGUCCCAUUCGAGUGUGGUGUAGAUCAUUUUCUUCAGACAAUGGUGAUUUGGUUGAUGCGGUUGUCCCAUUCAUGGGUGAAUCUAUCACUGAUGGAACUCUUGCAAAUUUUUUGAAGAAACCUGGUGAUAGUGUACAAGUUGAUGAGCCAAUUGCUCAAGUGGAAACUGAUAAGGUUACCAUUGAUGUUGCCAGUCCCGAAGCUGGAGUCAUUCAGAAGUUUGUUGCCAAGGAAGGUGAUACUGUGGAACCAGGAACCAGGAUUGCUGUUAUUUCAAAAUCUGGUGAAGGUGCUACUCAUGCUGCUCCAUCAGAGGAGAAAUCAGAUAAGAAGGCUUCUCAGUCAUCUCCUCCUCCAGAAGAAGUCAGUGUGGCCAAACAAGAGCCUAAAGCAGAAGCUAAGGACAAGGCUAAGACACCACCACCAAAAGCCUUAGCUAAGGAACCUCAGCUUCCUCCAAAGGAAAGGGAAAGACGUGUUCCUAUGACAAGGCUUAGAAAACGGGUUGCAACACGUUUGAAAGACUCACAAAACACAUUUGCUAUGCUUACCACAUUCAAUGAGGUUGAUAUGACCAACCUGAUGAAGCUGCGCUCUGAUUAUAAAGAUGCUUUCCUGGAAAAGCAUGGUGUGAAGCUAGGACUUAUGUCUGGAUUUGUGAAAGCUGCUGUCAGUGGGCUCCAGAAUCAGCCAGUUAUCAAUGCAGUCAUUGAUGGUGAUGAUAUCAUAUAUAGGGAUUAUAUUGAUAUCAGUAUUGCUGUUGGUACUCCUAAGGGUCUUGUGGUUCCAGUUAUCCGCAAUGCAGAUAAGAUGAACUUUGCCGAGAUAGAGAAGGAGAUCAAUACCUUAGCAAAGAAGGCUAAUGAUGGCACCAUAUCAAUUGAUGAGAUGGCAGGGGGCUCAUUUACCAUAUCCAAUGGUGGGGUCUAUGGAAGUCUUUUAAGCACUCCUAUUAUUAACCCCCCACAGUCGGCUAUCCUAGGUAUGCACUCAAUAGUGACCCGGCCAAUGGUUGUUGGAGGUAACAUUGUUCCAAGGCCAAUGAUGUACAUUGCAUUGACAUACGAUCAUAGGCUGAUUGAUGGAAGAGAGGCAGUUUUCUUCUUACGCCGCAUCAAGGAUGUUGUGGAGGAUCCUCGCAGACUGCUUCUUGAUAUAUGAAGAUAUACACCAUUGAAUUUUUUUGAUUUUGUGAUUUGCCAGGACACUUCAGAUUCUGGCAUAUUUUAAUUUUUAUUGGACCACAAUAAUUCAUGACUCAUAUAAAGCUUAAAACGUUGCAGUUGCAGGGAUCUUUUUGUUGGUAAAACCCUGCAGAAAGUUAUACAACUGCGGCCCUUUCAUUGUUUACAAUUACAGAUUAAGAGACUUUGUUAGGUUACAUUAACUGUGGUUUAGAUUUGUGGAGUUGUGUUCAUGUUUAUCUCA